CUCAGAGACCAUAAAAAAGUCCAAAGAUCAAGGAGACGCAGGGAGGAACAAAUACUCUGAUUAGAGCGCAGUGGCUGUCCAUUCUUCUCCACCAGCAAAGCUGCACCAACGCUCCCUCAGACUAAAGGAGUGAGGACACCAACAUGGAGAUGAAGAGCAUAAUGAAAACUGAUAAAAGGGUAAGGAUACUGCUGAAGGCGGAGGACAGCAGCACCACCCAGAGCAGCUCUAUCGGGGCCGUACGCUGGAGCCUGCCUGAGGAGAGCGUCCAGGCUCACAGCUCAGCCCCCAGCAGACCCGGCGCCACCAGCAGCCUCACCAAACACUCACAGCAACAUCCACGCCAGAACGGCCUGAAGGACCUGCGCAGCCUGCAGGAGUGUGUGCAGUUCAUCAAUCACUGGAAGGAGCAAGUGGACCAAGUCUGCAAGGGCAGUGGCGAUCCAGAGGAGGGCACCAGUAAGAAAGAGGGUUCAGACCUGCGUACUGAGCGCAGUCUUGAGCAGAGCAGGAAACUGAUCCUGGAGUGGGCUGACGAACUCCACCAUGUCGACAAGCUCCUGAAGGAGACCCCCUGGGCAUCUGAGAGUCAAGAACAUGAAAAUAAAGAAGAUAAGGAUGCUGAGGAUAACGAGAAGGCACAACUGAGGAUCAUGGAAUGGGCAACGGAGCUGCAGAAGGCGACUGAGAAUUGUGGUGUGCAGAGCGACGAGUUGGGUAAAGUGUUGCGUCUGCUGGGCCUGAAGAAGAAACGGCUGGUCAACCUGCUGCCUCUGCUGGAGUUCAUCACCUGGUCUCUGCUCAAAGAAGACAGCACGAUGAUGAUUCCACAGUUAUGGUUACUGGCAAAGCAAAGGACCUGGAAAGCUGGAAUUCCAAGAUACAUCCCCAACUCAGUUUGGAGUUGGAUUUGCAGCGCAGCAGCUGAUGUGGUUCUUGACUCCAUGACCAACCACCCCUGGCUGCUGCUGUCAGACGACCAGCGUAUGGUUCAGGAGGGCCUCUCACCGUCCGACCUGCCUUUCAGCUCCCAGCGCUUUGACAGUUGGCCCUGCGUGUUGGGAUGGGAGGGCUACAGCAGCGGCCGCCACUACUGGGAGGUGGACAUAGCCAACAACGGAUACUGGCGUGUGGGAAUGACCACUGCCGACUCAAAGCGUCAAGGCCGGUUCCCCAUGACCCCAAAGCACAGAUACUGGGCCCUGUGGCGCAGCACGAACCAGUUCCAAGUCUGCACCAAGCCGGAGACACUGCUGCCCAUCGACCUCGUGCCUCGACGCCUGGGUAUCUACUUGGACUAUGAAGAAGGCCAGAUCUCCUUCUACAACGCAGAAACAAAGUCCCACAUCUACACCUUCACUGGAACCUUCAAAGGGAAGCUGUACCCUCUGUUCGCCCCGCUGGAUGGACGCACACUCAUUAGAAUCAUCCCACCACAUAAAAUCUCAGUAAACUGAGAGAUGAACCUUAACAACUCUUGUUGGACACUUGGAAGAAUUCACCAAAAAAUACAGAAAACUAAAUUUGCACAAAGAUGAUUUUUUUAAAGGUAGUGUCAUCAGUUAUAGUUGGAAAUUUAUUGAAAAGCACAAGCUCUGACUUUCACAUGAAUGUGCCUUCACUAAAUGUUACUUUACAUAUAUUUGUCAAUUUCUCUUUGAAUGGAAUUUAAAAUCUCUUCAGUUUAAAACUGGCUUUGAAUGGAUAGCCACAUGAACACAGUGCUAAAUUAUACUGUUAAUAGAGAAGGUUAAUAGAUGUACCUGAUUAUAGUUUUGACCUCGAGAAACACAAACUUUGAAAACUCAACUUUGAGUAAAAACUAAAAUAUUUAUUUAAAGAUAAAAUUUUCAAAAAACACCAUAUUUGUGUCGACAUGCACAUUGCUGCGACUCCUCUUUUCACCAUGUGUGUUGAACGAAUUUUUUAAUUUUAGCAAUGGAAAGAUACAUCUUGUCUUUUUUGAGAGUUGCACAUGCACACUUCCUAGUUAAGGACAAGUAGCCAAUCAGAAGCAGAGAAGGGCAGGUUAGUGGGAAGCCGGUAAACAACAUGGACUGGAGCAAGAGUUUCAGAGUGGUGAGUUAUUAAUCUGUAACAAAAGUAUAUAGUACAAAAGUGUUUUUGGGGGCGUGUCGGACUAGCCACUUGGCGAGCGUUACAUGACGAGCAUUUUGAAGCGGCUGGACUACAAACGAGCUGUUUUCAGAGAGUUCAGAGCAGGGUUUUCUGUGGGAGAUAGGAACUCCCUUUGGGCUGGCUUUCACUUUGCAAACCUAUUACAUGCAUAAAAAAGGUUUAUAACUCAAUAAAGGAGAGGGGAAAAGGCAAAAAGCUUAACAACACCUCUUUUAAAAAAUGUUUUUUUUAAAGAAUAAGCUAGGUUGAGUCUGUCACAAAAUAAAGCGAACAGCUGUAUACUGUGUAUAUUGAAAAAUGUCACUCAGAUAUCUACAACAUUAAGAUUUAUGUGUAGAAAUGUCUGCAUCUACUUACAAGCACACACUUUAUAAUGCACCAUCAGAUAUGCACAAAUGUUUUACAUGCAUAUCAUGUUUUUGAUACUGUACUUAUCUUUGAUAUAUUCCCCACAAAAAUUUCACAAUCUGAGAGAAAAAUCUUCUUUGUUUCCCACACAUCAACUGUAUGUAUCUUUACAUUUGUAAAGCUCUUCAAUAAAGGUAUUUUGACACACA